AAUAAAUAAAACAUAUGAUUUGGACACACCUAGAAAAUUCUUGAUUACCCCACCCCUACACACACCUUCACGAGACAAAAACAAAUUAUGGAGCUCACAAAUUCACAAAGUAACAACAUUCCUAACAACUCCUCUUCCACCUCCGUCGUCGCCACCGCUCCUCAGCCCUUCCACCGCCACCAACAUGGCAGCGUUCGACCGUCGUCGGUCCCUUUUAUCACCUCAAUCUCCAUCCAAGCCGCCGCAGCCGCAGCUCAUCAGGCACCUCAUGCUUCAACCUUGUCGUCUACUUCAUCCGUCAGCGCUUCUACCACCGCAGCUCCGCCAUCGCGCCUUGUAGACGCGUCCCUCGCCAUAGCCACUAGAUCGGAGCCGUUAGUUGAGCCGUCGGAGGAGCCGCAGCAGCAGCAGGCGGUUAAAAGGCCGACCAAGGAUCGCCACACCAAGGUGGACGGCCGAGGGCGGCGCAUCCGCAUGCCGGCGGCUUGCGCCGCUAGGGUUUUCCAGCUGACGCGGGAAUUGGGGCACAAGUCCGACGGCGAGACAAUUGAGUGGCUUCUGCAUCAAGCCGAGCCGGCUAUCAUCGCCGCCACCGGCACCGGCACCAUUCCGGCUAAUUUCUCCACGCUCAACGUCUCCCUCCGCGGCGGCGGCGCCGGUCUCGCGGCACCGCUUUCGAAAUCGGCUCCGUACCCUUUUCACAGCACAUUAGCGCUCGCGACGGCGGCGGCGGCGGCUCACCCUUACGAAGAAAGCUUCUCUCACAUGCUGGGGUUUCACCAUCAACACGCGCCUCCGCAGCUCUUAACGCCGAGCCAAAUCGCAGAAACAAUAUCCGCCGCAGGCGGCGGCGGCGGCGGCGGAGGAGGAGGAGGAGAAGGCACGACGGAGGAUUACCUGAGGAAAAGGUACAGAGAAGAUUUGUUCAAAGACGAAGGUGCUUCAAGUAAUCCUCAAGGAGAACCUUCUGGAAACUCCACCUCACCUUCCAACAAACAAUUCAAGGGCGGCGCCUCCGCCUCCGCCGCCGCCGCAGCCGGAGCAUUUCCUAGUAUUCUCCGACAAACCACCGCCCCUAUGCCGGGAACCACCAUGUGGGCGGUUGCUCCGGCACCGAGCAGCGGCGGCACAUUCUGGAUGCUGCCGUUCACCGCCGGCGGCAGCGGCGAGAGCGGCCAAGCCCUCCCCGCCCCCGCAGCGGAGAGCACUUCCGGCGGCGACUCCCCAUCAGAGACCCAGAUGUGGUCGUUCCCCAACAACAAUUCAAACCAAACUCUCCACUCCCACUUACAGUUCACGCCGCGCUUCAAUAAUCUCCCGGCGGCGAACCUCGAUUUCCACGCGCCGCCGCCGUCGCACCAUCUCGGCCUAGGAAUGUCGGACGGCAACCUGGGCAUGUUAGCAGCUUUCAACAAUGCUUAUUCAAGAACACGAAAUGGCCCGAAUAUAAAUUCAGAAGAACAACCACAACAACAACAGCAACAUCAAGCUCAAGAUGACAGUGAUGAAAACGAAGGCGAAGACAACGAUCCUAACAACUCCUGCACCUGAUAAUCCCAAAAUUGAAUCAAUCGAUGUGUCAUAGUGUGAAAGAUUGAAGUUGCUUGAACUACUGAAUUCAGGUAUGCAGGAUUGCAGGUUUGUCUGUCAUCAUUAUAUAUGAUUCUUGUUUUCAGAUUGAGAGAGAGUGAGAGUGAUGAUAAUUUGUAUAGGAAGAUAGUGAGCUGUGAUCUGUACUGGUAUAAAGAUUAAAGAAAAUGCAAGAAAGUUGAUUUUACAGUGCA